CGCAUACUAAAAAGUAUUAUAAGCUUGGAUAACGGUUUCACUAGUGUUUGCAAUAAGGAAAAAGGAGCAUCCUUUGGGCUCAUUAUUUACUUUCUUAGGAUCCUAGCUGCGUUUUUCGCUCAGGAUUGUCUUUUGGUUUGGUUUUUUACUUUUUAGUAGCAGUCUAUGGCUGCUGAAUCUACAUAAAAAAUGAUGAAAGAAAUAGUUGUUCCCAAAGGGUGUGAAUGGCGUUUUGAAGUUGAGGAACCAGGAAUUCAAAUUCGGCUUGCAAAUGGAAAUGCUGAGUAUUUUGGUACAGAACUCGCUUUGGGUCCUCCAUAUAAAUUUGAACAAGUCAAAGGAGCAAUCUUUACUUGGCAGGGAUGUACUUUAGAAGUAGAAGGAGAACCCUCUGUGGAGUAUGUCGCUGAAGAAACUCCUAUGUGUACAUAUUUAAAUCUGCAUUUUGCUUUGGAAAAUAUACGCAAAAAAGCUGAGGACGAUGCUUCGGUCGAUCCCUCUAUUUCAGGUCCUAGGGUCUGUCUUAUUGGACCCAAAAGCUCUGGCAAAACGAGCGUUAUGAAAAUCUUAGAAUCAUAUGCAUUAAGGCAAUCUCGACAUCCCGUUUGUGUUAACCUUGAUCCUAGUCAACCCAUGGUUGCUCUGCCAGGCUCCAUAUCCGCUUUUCAUAAUGCCACCAUUUUGGACAUCCAAGAAGCAACUGGUUUCGGUGCUAGUAUGUCCACCGGCCCUACUCAUAUUCUUGCCAAGUCUCCUCUGGUAUACAACUAUGGAUUGGAUAGUCCAUAUGAUAAUCCCAAACUAUAUAAAUCUUGCUGCUCUCGUUUAGCACUUGCUGUUAAUUCACGAAUGACUCAAAGCUCAGAUGCAUCUGUGUCUGGUUGCCUUGUUGACACCUGUUCUUUACAAGAGAAUUAUGAACGCUACCAGGGUACUCUUCAUUCUAUUAUUACUGAUUUCCGUAUCAAUAUUGUCCUUGUACUGGGCUCUGAGCGAUUGUACAGCACUAUAAAGCGCAAUUAUAGUGAUGCCUCUUGGCUUUCUGUCGUCAAGCUUCCGUCGAGUGGAGGAUGUAUUGACAGAGAACCGGAAUGGAUUGCAAAAUGGCAAUCCAAAUGUUUAAAACAAUAUUUCUAUGGAGAUGAACGAAUGCCUCUUUCACCACUUUCGAUAAUCGUCGAUUCCACCCAACUAGUAGUUUAUCGCGUGCUGGAAGCAUCAGAAAGCGGCCCGAAAUCUUCGGUGCUCCCAAUUGGCUUUGAAGAAGAAACUGGUCAAGCAGACAAACAAGGUUCCUAUAUGUCUUUAGCUCUUAGUGGGAAGGGUCAAUAUUUAGAAAGGAUCACGACUGAAGCAAUGACAAUUCUACAAAAUUCAAUUUUGGCAAUUUCGAGCGUGAAUGAAGAUGAAAAUGAAACUGCAAUUAUAGAUUCUUGUAUACUUGGAUAUGUCUUCGUCACCGACGUGGACGAUGUAAAAAACAGAAUGACCCUUCUUUCUCCUGUACCAGAUCGACUCCCAAGUAAUGCUUUGAUUAUGGGAACAUGCAAAUGGCAGGAGUAAAACUGUUUUAUAACUUUAAAAAAUAUCUUAUUCCGCUCUUUACUUAUACUAACAGUUUUAGAGGUUAAUUAUUUUAUAUGAUCAAAGUUAAUUAAGUAACAUUGAAUUCCCACUUUUGAACAGUCAGUGCUUACUAUAUAGUAGAAAUAGAUUCAUCUAUUGCAAAGAAAGAAGUAGUAAAUGUUAAUGAAUGAAAGCAAUCCUA